AUGGGCGCCUGCCACCCUAUCUCUGCCCCACUGCCAUGGGCGCCCGCCACCCUAUCUCUGCCCCACUGCCAUGGGCGCCUGCCACCCUAUCUCUGCCCCACUGCCAUGGGCGCCUGCCACCCUAUCUCUGCCCCACUGCCAUGGGCGCCUGCCACCCUAUCUCUGCCCCACUGCCAUGGGCGCCCGCCACCCUAUCUCUGCCCCACUGCCAUGGGCGCCUGCCACCCUAUCUCUGCCCCACUGCCAUGGGCGCCCGCCACCCUAUCUCUGCCCCACUGCCAUGGGCGCCUGCCACCCUAUCUCUGCCCCACUGCCAUGGGCGCCUGCCACCCUAUCUUUGCCCCACUGCCAUGGGCGCCUGCCACCCUAUCUCUGCCCCACUGCCAUGGGCGCCCGCCACCCUAUCUCUGCCCCACUGCCAUGGGCGCCUGCCACCCUAUCUCUGCCCCACUGCCAUGGGCGCCUGCCACCCUAUCUCUGCCCCACUGCCAUGGGCGCCUGCCACCCUAUCUCUGCCCCACUGCCAUGGGCGCCUGCCACCCUAUCUCUGCCCCACUGCCAUGGGCGCCCGCCACCCUAUCUCUGCCCCACUGCCAUGGGCGCCUGCCACCCUAUCUCUGCCCCACUGCCAUGGGCGCCCGCCACCCUAUCUCUGCCCCACUGCCAUGGGCGCCCGGCCUGCUGCAGCCCCCACGCGCUGCCGCCUCUGCUGGCGCCUGGCAUUGGCGAGGCGGUCGUGGUGGGAGGGAAGGGAGGGAAAGGGAUGAAGGGGAGAGGGAAGAGGAGUGA